UGUCGACGUGGACGCCUUUGGGCAUAUUCUGAGCCUCCAGGACGACAACGUCGAGGUCGUUUCGGAUGUUGUCAGGCGGAGGGUCCGUUCGUGUCCCCUCUCCCCCGUUCCCGCCGGUGCCCCUCCCCUUCUGUACCUGGCCUCGGCAAGGCAGGAAGAUGCGGUACAUUCUCCAAGAUAGCCACCAAGAUGGCACGCGAUGGUCCAGAGUGGUAUCCAUUAAGCCUUCAAGAGGCCUUCAGACCGCCGCAAGACGGCCCGAGAUGAUGACGGAGCCUCCUGUGGAUGGCUCCAGGAGGCCAAAACAUUUUCAACACAUAAGCUCAAGAUCGCCCAUGGCUCCAAGAUCGCCCAUGAGACGCCCUAGCCCGUCAUGACACACGACGGCCGUGGGUGUCGCCCGUAGCCAGUUUGGCUCAAGCUAAUCUGUUGGCUCAAGUCACGUUGGAGGCCAGAAUGGAGCGUAGGUCAUCUCGUCGUUCGCGUGGCGUGUGGGUGCCAUGCUUGCUUCUAGGUGCACUGUUUGCUGCACCUAGUGUCUGGACCUCGGCAGUUAGCCCGGGGUUUGCAUCGCUUGCGAAAAAGAAAAUCAAGGUGGAAGUUAUCUCUGAUACCGUGUGACCGUGGUGCUUCGUGGGCAAGCGCCGCCUGGAGAAGGCGAUGAGAAAAUUCGCUGGCAAGGCUGAGUUUCAAGUGACGUGGCUCCCGUACCAAUUGGCUCCGUACGCUCCUGGCGGGAAGGGUGUAAACAAGUUAGAGUUGUACAAGCAGAAGUUCGGCGAUGCCCAGACUCAGCAGAUGAUGCCGAGAAUGAUGCUAGUCGGCAUGCAGGACGGUAUCCAUUUCUCUUACGGCGGCAACACUGGUAACACGUUCGAUUCCCACAGACUCAUCGCACUCGCAUCGAAGCAGGGCAAGCAAGACGAGCUUGUUGAGGAGUUGUUCCAAAACUAUUUCGAACAGGAGAAGUGCAUAAGCGAUUGCGAUGUGUUGCUCCAGGCGGCAUUGAAGGUGGGGCUUAUUGCAGCUGAGGAGUUAUUGAAUGGGGACGCGAACGUCGAAGAGGUACAGGCCGAAAUUCAACAAUGUGAAAUGAUCGCGACGCGAGGCGUGCCGCAGUUUGUUAUCAAUGGCAGGCCGAUCGCACCUGGCGCGCAGGAUGUAGCAGAGUUUGAACGAAGGUUUCUUGAGUUGUUGGCGUAGGUUCUUGAUAUGUUUCGACCUGUUGUUCUGCUAAGCGACACUUGGCGUUUCCGCAUGAUCUUUUGUUUGUUGACCGACUUUUACAACCCGCCAAGUGAUGAGUGGCCCAACGGUGUGCGCGCAACUCGCCUUUGCUUGUAUUAUUGUUGGGUGUUCGGAAGGGGUUGGGUUUACUGAGUUAGCGCACGUGAACGCAGAAGAGAGCUUGCGAAACAUGCAGCGAUAUAAUGUCGCGAGUCGCCAGCAACAAAAAAAAUGCA